CCGCCGAGCCGAGCCGAGCCCAGCCCGCACACAGCCCCGCACACGGCCAUGCUGCUGCUGCCCUGCGCCCUCCUGGCCGCGCUGCUGGCCGCCGGCCACGCCGCCAACCCUUGCUGCUCCCACCCCUGCCAGAACAGAGGGGUCUGCAUGACGACGGGACCCGAUCGCUACCAGUGCGACUGCACGAGGACGGGCUUCUACGGGGAAAACUGCACCACGCCGGAAUUCUUCACGUGGCUCAGGCUAACACUGAAACCAUCGCCAAACACUGUCCACUACAUCCUCACGCACUUCCAAGGAGUCUGGAAUAUCAUCAACAACAUUCCCUUCCUGCGGGAUGCUAUCAUGAGAUACGUGCUAACGUCAAGAUCACACUUGAUUGACAGCCCACCAACUUACAAUACUGAUUAUAGUUAUAAAAGCUGGGAAGCUUAUUCCAAUCUUUCCUACUACACAAGAUCCCUUCCACCUGUAGGACUUGACUGUCCAACACCGAUGGGUGUUAAAGGUAAGAAGGAGCUCCCAGACUCGAAGCUGAUUGUGGAGAAGUUUUUGCUAAGGAGAAAGUUUAUUCCCGACCCACAAGGCACAAAUGUGAUGUUCACAUUCUUUGCCCAGCACUUCACUCACCAGUUCUUCAAGACAGACCACAAGAAGGGACCUGGCUUCACCAAAGGCCUUGGCCACGGGGUUGACUUGAACCACAUUUAUGGAGAGACUCUGGAGAGGCAACUUAAACUGAGACUCCGAAAGGAUGGAAAGCUGAAAUACCAGAUGAUCGAUGGAGAAAUGUACCCCCCAACAGUGAAGGACACCCAGGCAGAGAUGCUGUACCCCCCCCACGUGCCGGAGCACCUGCGGUUCUCGGUGGGGCAGGAGGUGUUCGGGCUGGUGCCAGGCCUGAUGAUGUACGCCACGAUCUGGCUGCGGGAGCACAACCGCGUCUGCGACGUCCUCAAACGGGAGCACCCCGAGUGGGACGACGAGCAGCUCUUCCAAACCACCAGGCUCAUCUUGAUAGGAGAGACAAUCAAGAUUGUCAUUGAGGACUAUGUGCAGCACUUGAGUGGGUACCACUUCAAGCUCAAGUUUGACCCCGAGCUGCUGUUCAACCAGCGGUUCCAGUACCAGAACCGGAUCGCAGCCGAGUUCAACACCCUGUACCACUGGCACCCGCUGCUGCCCGACACCUUCCAGAUCCACGACCAGGAGUACACUUUCCAGCAGUUCCUCUACAACAACUCCAUCAUGCUGGAGCACGGCCUUUCCCACAUGGUGAAAUCUUUCUCCAAGCAAAGUGCUGGCAGGGUUGCUGGUGGGAAGAACGUUCCUGCUGCAGUACAGAAAGUGGCCAAGGCUUCAAUUGACCAGAGCAGGCAAAUGAGAUACCAGUCCUUGAACGAGUACAGGAAACGCUUCAUGCUGAAACCAUUCAGAUCCUUUGAAGAACUUACAGGAGAAAAGGAAAUGGCAGCUGAGCUGGAGGAGCUGUAUGGAGACAUUGAUGCCAUGGAGCUGUACCCAGGCCUUCUGGUGGAAAAGCCACGCCCAGGUGCCAUCUUUGGAGAAACCAUGGUGGAGAUGGGAGCCCCGUUCUCCCUGAAGGGACUGAUGGGCAAUGCCAUCUGCUCCCCUGAGUACUGGAAGCCCAGCACCUUCGGUGGCAAAGUGGGCUUUGACAUCAUCAACACUGCCUCCUUGCAAAAGCUCAUCUGCGACAAUGUCAAGGGCUGUCCCUUCACUGCCUUCCACAUCCUAAGUCCUGAACCCACAGAGGCGACCAUUAACGUUAGUACCUCAAAAACAGCCAUGGAAGAUAUCAACCCCACACUACUGCUGAAAGAGCGCUCUGCUGAGUUGUAGAAACCCACCUAUUUAUUUAUUUAACUGUGUUAUUUAUUCUAUUUAUGGCUUAGUAUUUAAAAACUAGGGGAAAAAAAAAACACUUGAGCAUCUUCAUUGUGGGGGUUGCCUUAGAUUCCUUACUCAGGUAAGGCUUCCAUUUACGAAAAGGGAUUUUCUCUGUAUGAGCUGGACAGUGGUGAAUCCCUUGUUUAAAAUCUUCUGUAACAGAACUAUGUAUUCCAAAGUGGACAAAGGUUCCAACUCUUUUUUUUUUUUUUUUAUGUUGUUUUAAUACUUGAUGAAGCGGGGUGGUGGUGGCUUUGUCUGCUUUGUCUGGUGGUUUUCAUAGGUCACAUAACACUACAAAGGCAAGUUUUUGUUUCAGCAGCUUAAACUCGAAAACAGCUGUUGACCUAAAAGAACAAGAAAAAUCUGACUUAAUGAAAACUGCCAGAAGAGAUUAUGAAUUCAGUAUGAGAACUCAAAGAUUAAUGAAAAAAUACAUAUACUUGAGACUCACUUAUUUAUGAAAGGUCAGAAAAUGCAUUGCAUUUGUCAUUGAUACUACCUCUCCUUCACUGCUGAUAAGGCACUUUGUAUCAUAAUUUAUAUGUUCCUUAUGUGUAACUCCACUUCUGGAUUUACAUGAAAACUAACUGUUUUUAAAUACUUUUUUAUUAUUUAAUUUUUUAAAGAAAAUAGAGCUUUUCUUGGCUUCUACUUCUUUUUGAAGCGUGUGUCACAGAAGUAUUAGUUGUGUGAGGGGGUGAGAAUGAGGUACUGAGCUUAGCAAUAACUGACUCUUAGGCUGCAAUGCAAGGCUGCUUGUGUUGGAAUACAGCUGGUUUUAUUGUGUAACUUUGGGGAGGUCUUAAACUUAGCCCAGGGUACUGGUAUUCUUUUCAUAGCUGUAGUUCUCUGGUUUACUUGAUAAUUUGAUGUCUGUCCCUCCAAGGACAGAAGGACAGUGUAGCUGUAGUUAGGCUGUGGCUCUGGUUUAGCUUUGUGUUCCCAAAACAGGGGGAUUACUGGGGAGCAGUGAAAGCUGAGCAGUUGUGCAAACACACAGAAAGCAGAACACAGAGUAGAUUUAGCAGCACUUCAGGGCACAGAGCCUUGAAGGUGCUUAUGUCUGUGUACACAAGUUGUACAUGGAAUUUGUAGUUCUACUUAUUGGGGGAGGAGGGAUAAUGUUUUAUUUAUAAUUUAUAAACAGAGGCAUUUUAAGUAAUUGGCUUAAGCUUCAUUAAAACUGGCUAGCACAAAAGGUCAUAUUUGUCCUGAUCCAGCACUAAAAUAUCUAGUCUCAUCUGGGCACAUAAGUUACACAGGAUCUUGUACCAGCACUUCAGACUUUGCAUGUAAGGGUAUCUUUUUUUAAUUUCUAGAGAGGAAAUGUAGAAGAUGAUCUUCCCAUAAAAACAGCUGGGGAACUAUAGGGAAAAAGAAAAUGUCACUUCAGACUGGAAUAGAGCAGCAACCUGGUACUCUGUGCCCCUGCCCAAAAUUCCUUGACUACUUGUGGAAAAGGACUUGAGUUUUCUGUCUCAUCUGAAUCUCUCACGCACUUGUAGAGGCUUGUGCACUGUAAGGACUGUGGCAAUAGUGUAGUUUGUCUGUGACUUGUGUUUCCAUUGAUCUGUGUAGAGGCAGUGCUGACCUUUGGCUGUGUAGGUCUCGUUGCCAUGGACAGCUGAACCAAGAUCUCCUGCAGCCAUCGAUACCAGGGACUGACUUGGGCUGGUCUUUGGUAUGGAUGCUUUGGGAGCAAGAAGGGCAUUUGUUUUCCUUUUUCUGUUUGAAGCACGAAGAAGGAAAAACCUUCAAUCACCUUGUACCCAAAGGUGGUCGGUGCUGCACUUGCUAAAGAGUGAAAACUGCUCGGACUCUUGUUCACCACGUACCUGUCAAUGAGCUCCAUCUUUGGAACACCCUUCAGAGCACCCUUCUGCUGUUAACUGAGGAAAAGUGUUGGGCUCGCGAGGGGAGGCAAGUCUGGACAGAUCUAGUUGUUUUGGGGUAGGCAAAGAGGAAGUCCUCAGAGCGUGUCACUGGAGUUAAGUUACAAGCUGCUUCAGCAAGGAAUCCUGUUCACUCUGCAUUUUGUACUCUGCAGCCACAUUUCAACUGUCACUGUCUGUGAUGGGACCCGGCCUGCUGGGUUUGGCUGGGUUCAACCUGCUCGUGAUAAAUGUGUAUGUCUGAGAUUAUUUAUUGAAAAUUCUGUGAAUAGUUUUUCACUUUAUUUUUGUAGGACAACGAUGUUGCUAAAAUGCAAUUGUUUAU